GAAGAUGAACAAGUGAAAGAAAGGACUUAAAAGUUACGCACCAUGAAAAGAUGAAAACAGCCAGAGAGAAAUACUGAGUCUACUUUUGUUUGCUGGAAUAUUGUUUGAGAGCAGAUGCAAAACUCUUGAGCUCAGCUUUUGGGGUUAGAAACAGGAUGCAAAGUUAUCAACCUUGGUACCAUGGCAAUAUAACUCGAUCCAAGGCUGAGGAUCUUCUAUCCAAAGCAGCAAGAGAUGGAAGCUUCCUUAUCCGGGACAGUGAGUCCAUACAGGGAGCAUAUGCCCUCUGUGUUUUAUACCAGAACUGUGUGUACACAUACAGAAUCCUGCCAAAUGAGGAUAAGAAGCUCUCUGUCCAGGCAUCUGAAGGAGUUCCUAUCAGGUUCUUCACUAUGCUGCCUGAGCUGGUAGAGGCAUAUUACAGUCCCAACAUGGGUCUGGUCACACAUCUGCAGUACUCCGUCCAGAGGGAGGAGGAGGUAGAUGAGGAACCAGAAUCCAACAAUAUUCCACCACAGCUUCCACCCAGGAACUUCACAGGCAACGAUGUGAAAGACAGUGACUCCAAGUCUUCUGAACAGGCCUGCAAAUCUUUAUCAGACACCUACCUGAUGAGACUGCAGCAUAUGGACCUGUCUGCAAUACCUGAGGAGCAUCAAAUGGCCAUUCAAGAAUACUUCAGAACCUCAAUCUGUUUGGAUGCUGAACAAGUACAGAACGGUAACCCCACCCUCCCCGGUCUUAAGAAGUUAACAAUGUCAAUCUGCAAGACUCUAAACGGUGAAAUUUCCCACAUUCUGCCAGCUCUGGAGGUCUUCCAUAAAGCGUUGGACCAACAGCUCUCACCAGGAAUUUGCCAAUGUCCAAAGCAAAUUCCUGCCUAUUCAGGUCAAUCUGUGUCCUUUAGGCUUGAGCAACUGACAAAACUGCUCUACUCAAUAGAAGAUAAGGCUAAAAGUUCUGUGUUUGAGUCUGUUGGAUAUGAAGGGGGUCACAGGAAAUCUCUCAUACCACUUGUUACAUUUGAGGUCAAGCAAGAAUCACUUGGUAUUUCCCCAAAGAUGUUCCUAAAAGUGGACGUUGAAAGUGGGAAGCUCUACUUCAAGAAGUCAAAAGAUGGGCCUGAAGAAAAAUACUAUGUGCACAAUAAAAUUCUGCAGUUGGUGAAAUCUCAGAAAAUGCACGCCAAACUUGUCAUCGUGGUGGAGACAGAGAAAGAGAAGAUUUUGCGAAAAGAGUUUGUCUUUGAUGACACAAAGAAAAGGGAGGGAUUUUGCCAACUACUUCAACAAAUGAAGAACAAACACUCUGAAAAGCCUGAACCAGACAUGAUCACAGUGUUUGUUGGUACCUGGAACAUGGGAAACGCCGGCCCUCCCCACAACAUCAGCUCCUGGUUUCAGUGUAAGGGCCUAGGGAAAACACGAGAUGACACCGCAGAUCACAUCCCGCCUGAUUUUUAUGUCAUUGGGACUCAAGAGGAUCCUUUGAGCGAGAGGGAGUGGGCAGACACAGUGAAAGGAGUCCUGAGGAACAUCACAAACAUCAGCUUUAAACAAGUGGCGAUUCACACUCUGUGGAACAUUCGGAUUGUGGUCCUGGCCAAACCUGAGCACGAAAACAGGAUCUCCCACAUUUUCUCUGACAGUGUGAAGACAGGGAUUGCCAACACUCUGGGAAACAAGGGAGCAGUGGGAGUGUCCUUCAUGUUCAACGGUACAUCUUUUGGCUUUGUCAACAGUCACCUGACCUCUGGAAGUGAGAAGAAGCUCAGACGCAAUCAAAACUACACCAACAUCCUGCGAUUUCUGAAUCUGGGAGACAAGAAGCUCAAUCCGUUUGACAUCACGAAUCGGUUCACCCAUCUCUUCUGGCUCGGUGAUUUGAACUACCGUGUUGAAUUUCCAUCUACGGAAGCUGAGUACAUUGUGACAAAGAUCAAACAGCAGCAGUACCAGGAACUCCUCUGUAAAGACCAGCUCAGCAUGGAGAGGAAUGAUGGAAAGGUCUUCUUGCAUUUUGAUGAGGAGGAAAUCACAUUUCCGCCAACCUAUCGCUUUGAAAGAGACACGCGAGAGAAGUAUGCUUACACGAAGGCCAAAGCCACGGGGACAAAAUACAAUUUACCCUCCUGGUGUGACCGGGUCCUGCGGAGGUCAUACCCUCUGGUUCAUGUUGUCUGCCAAGCAUAUGGGUGCACUAAUGACAUCAUGACAAGUGACCACUCACCAGUAUUUGCCUCUUUUGAAGUCGGAGUAGCCUCACAGUUUGUCUCCAAGCAAGAUCCAAACAGUGCACCUCAAGGUGGGAUACAAAUCAUGAACUGUGUGGCCACAUUGUUGACUAAAUCAAAGACCAAGUUCUUCAUUGAAUAUCAUUCCAGCUGCUUGGAGAAAACUGUGAAGACUACAGAGGGAGAGAACACAGAGCACUCAGAUGGGUCCAUAAAAGUUUGGUUUGGCAACCAAGUUGUGCUCACCCCCAUCAUCUCUGACCCCGAGUACCUUUUGGACCAGCACAUCCUCAUCUGUGUAAAGGCAACAGACUGUGACGAGUCAUAUGGCGAGGGCUGUGUUGCACUGCGAGCUGCCCAGUUCUGCUACACAGAGUUUCAGGUCACACUGACUCACCAUGGAGAGAAGACAGGCACCUUGACUGGUGGCAUUCAGUUACACACCUCUGAGGGCAAGCCCACUGAGAAGUUAUAUGAUUUCAUCAAAGUUGAAAGGGAUGACCCUGUCAGCUCAAAAUGCAAAGGUGGUGACCCCAACAAGUAUUCCAUCACCCAAGCACAUGAUAUUUCUAACCCCAAUUACAUGGGCGUGACCUUCAAAAGUGGGAAUGUAAUAGAUAAAGGCUGGAGUUACAGCAUGCCACCAAAACAUCUUGCCACUGCCAUGCAAGGGAGUAAAGACUCCAAGAAGGGUGGUUUUGAUGUGAGCACACGCAGUCCCACAGGAAAACCUUGUCCCAUGGGUGAGGAUGAAAAGAUAUCAGAGAUGUUUGACAACCCUCUUUAUGGUUCAAUGGGAAAAUCCCAUGGUUGGGGCAAGGAACAAGACCUCCAGCAAAAAGACCACUUCAUCCCCCUAGACCCAUUGUUUGCACCCUCUAAACCAGCAGAUGGAGACUCUGACCGCCCCCCGGUGCCCACCCCGCGCAACCGCUCCUUCACCUGCUCUGAGACCAAACCACAACCUCCAACCCCCAGCACUUCCCAUCCCUCAGCUAACAAGAAACCAGUGGUGCCCUCACGCUCGGAAGGUGGGAUGGCACACAACAGGCCUCCUGUACCAGCUAAGUCCCGACCAGGCGUGCCAGAGCCCCAGACCCCUAAACCCAGAGACUACAGAGACAGCUCCGAACUCCCCAACAAACUCAGAGCACCGGCAAGACCGGGCCAAUCACAGCCUCACAAAGACAUACAUCCUGAUGUUCACAAGACGGGCCGUUCUGUGAAGUGAGAUCAGGCUACAGCGCUGGUCCUUAUGUCUGUGCAGCUUCCUGCCCUGCAUUUUUGGAAACAUCAAAUUCACAAAGCAAAGUCUUGAGCCGGUCACUCCCCUUGCUGUGUGUGUCACUGAUGACUGGCUAUUCAUCUGUCGACACUUUGGUUAAUAAAUCUAUUUUCUUUCUUGCUGAGAGCUAGACAAGAAGAUUGGUUCCGGUCUCAUCUCUGUCCUUUCAAUAUGUAGCUACAGCCAGUGGUCAGUUAGCCUAGCUUAGCAUAAAGGCUGGCUCUGCCCAGAGUUGUUUGUAUAGAGCCAGGCUAGCUGUUUCCCCCUGUUUCCAGUCUUUAUGCUAAGCUAAGAUAACCGGCUGGUGGCUGUAGCUCCAUAUUUAACAGAAAGAGACUGUAUGUUGUUCAAUGUUCACAUCUAAACCUUAGCAAGAUGGCAAAUAAGCAUACUUCCCAAAGUGUGGAGCUCUUCCUUUAAAGUAAUGUAAACAUUAGAUACCCAUUUUCAGACUUCAUUUCUGCUGAGCUCACAUGAAUUUAAAUUGAACUCUCCUACUUAAUAAUUUUGUAACAUUUCACGUAGUUUUACACUAUCAGUAGCUAACAAAUGUUUACCCACAGUAUUAUCUUGCACAGACAUUGACAUGUUUGCCUUGAAGAUGUAUAAUAAAUACUUCAAUAAAUAUAAAUGAUAAAGCUUAA